AUGGGAAUUCAAUUUCAGGCGUCCGGUAUUGAUAGCAGAAGGAUUGGAGCAUGUCUGUUUUGCCAAGAAUUUUGGAUGGAACUCUAUGCACUAUACGAGAUUGGGGUAGCACGAGUUGAGGUGAAAACCGUGAACGUAAACUCAGAAGCCUUCAAAAAGAAUUUCCUGGGUGCUCAGCCUCCGAUCAUGAUCGAAGAGGAGAAGGAGGCCACCUACACGGACAAUCGUGAAAUCGAAGGACGAAUCUUUCACCUUGCAAAAGAAUUCCGCGUUCCUCUCUUUGAAAAAGAUCCCACUGUUGAAAAGCGGAUAGAAAGUCUUUACAGGAACUUCAAACUCUUUCUUCGUGCUAAAACUGAGUACGACAAGGAAAGGCGAGACAUUUCAUCGGUUGAAUCACUACCACCACAAAUCAAGACCCAUUAUAAUCGUGUUGUAGAGCAACUAGCUGGUAUUGAUCAGCUGUUGGCGGAUCGGCAAACUCGCUACCUCUUGGGUCCGUCAAUGACGGAAUAUGAUUGUGAACUUAUGCCCAGACUACAUCAUAUGCGUAUCAUCGGCCAGAGAAUGCUCAAUUUUGACUUCCCUCGCAAUUUAACCUACUUGUGGAAUUACGUACUGACCGCCUAUCGAACGGCCGCCUUCAUUGAGAGCUGCCCGGCUGAUCAAGAUAUACUGCAUCAUUAUAAGGAGCAACUAAAUAUGUUCACAAAUCAGCGUGAGACGCUACAGUCACCGACGAAGACACACACAAUUCCGGAAGAGGUGUUGAUGGACAUCAGAAGAAGUGGGCUGGAUCAAAACUGA